CUUGUUUUUUCGACGUUCACAUAACUGGGAUUCCUUGCGAAAAACAUGGUAUAUAUAUACAAGACGCCGUGAAGCACAUAUCCGAAAGAUUGCCACAGUUUCAAGAGAAUGACCACCGACGCCCCUCACCUAUUCCGCAUAAUAGUGGGAACCUACGAGCGUCUGCUCUACGGUUGCGACGUACAGAAGCAGUCGGCUGAGGCAGAUAGCUCAGUGAACACCGUCACCGUGACACCAGUCUUCAUCUAUCCCGCACACAUUUCGUGUAUAAAAGCAGCCGCUGCCUCCAACCGCUUCCUCGCCACGGGCUCCACCGACGAACACAUCAAGCUCUACGACCUCCGCAUUCGAAAAGAAGUCGGAACACUCAUGCACCAUUCGGGGACCACUACCAGUUUACAAUUCUACAAAAAGACGCACUUGUUUACAGCCAGCGAGGACGGCACUAUUGCGAUUGUGAGGACGAGCGAUUGGGAGGUGCUAAAGACGCUCGAUGGGCACAAACGUGCCGUGAACUGGAUCGAUGUGCAUCCUUCCGGGAAAGUGCUGUUGAGUGUCGGUGGGGACGGGACGAUGAAAUGCUGGGAUCUAGCGAAAGGCGCUUGCGCCUACUCGAUGAAAUUGCCGAAAGUUGGGGACCGGGUCAAAUGGAGCCCAAGUGGCUCGCAUUACGCCAUCUUGAUGGGCAAUUUGGUCCACGUGCACGCCGUGGAGGACGCCGAACUGGUCGGAAAGGUUGAGAGUGUGGGGAGGAUAAAUGCGAUCGUGUUUACCACGAUACGGAAUCCGGAAAAGCCUACCGAGACGUUGGAGGUGAUUGUAACGGGAAGCGAGGAUAGGUCCUUAGGCGUGUACGCUCCGACCGGCACGCCGCUUUUCCGAUGGAACAGUGGCCAUGGGAACCGUAUUAAAGAUAUUGACGCGUACGUCGCCGGAGACGCCGAGGCCACCACUUACGUCGUGUCCUGUUCGUCGGAUGGUGGGGUGAGAGUAUGGGAUCUCGCCAAUGUUCGCACCCAGUUACCCGCCAUCAAACACUCGACCACCGAAGAGUCUUCCACCACAAUAAAAGUGACCGCACGAUUGAAUCUCCCGGAAGCCACGCCUAUCGGGGAGUACAUCGCCGCACGGUCCCGCCUCACGUGUCUCACAAUCGCGUCCCCUGCUGAACCUACUCGUCGAGGAACCGCAUCACAAGCAAGUAAAGCAAGCGCUGAUCAGGCAGCAGACGGCAACCGGUCGGAAGCGGAAUCAGACUAUGACGACCCGACCACCGCCAAGCCAACUGUUACCGUCUCCUUUGGCGAUGCGAAGGACACGCCGAAGGACGAUGAUACAUCGAAAGUUGUGAAGAAUCUAAAGAAGAGGAAGGAGGCGCCGUCAACCUCGCCGGCGGAUCAACAACCGAACAAAAAGAGGGGCCCCAAGCCAGUCAAAAAAGGCAAGGGCAAGGAUGCGGCUGGUGCCGGUGCUGGGGCUGGUGGAGAGGGGAAAGGAAAGCCGGCUGCUAAAGGGAAAGGGAAGGAAGCUGCCCUUGCCAAGUUUCAGAAACGGCAGGAGGCCAAAAAGUAGUGCCUAGUUACGUAGACUUGAAUAAUUCCAGGCCGUUCACCCUGAUCCCGAUGUAAAUUUAGCAUAUGUAAUUUAAAAGCACUGUUCAUCUCCAAAACCUCAAUUCGAACCCGUCUAGAAAGAA